UUGUUGGUCUGUUCGGCGGCUGGAGGCGCUGUAACGGUAACUCGCUCUUAGUUUUGUGGUGUUUUACUCCGGGUUCAGCAGCUCUGCCGUCCUCGUGUGAUCAGCUGGGGCUUUACAGGAGAAGAACGUCUUCAGAGGAGCGGAGAGCCGAGAAACAGUCAUGUCCGCCUACACCUGCAUCAGCUGCCGUGUCCAGUUCGCAGACGGCGAGGUGCAGCGGGCGCACUACAAGACGGACUGGCACCGCUACAACCUGAAGCGCAAAGUGGCCGACAUGCCUCCGGUCACGGCCGAGAACUUUCAGGAGCGGGUGCUGGCUCAGCGAGCGGCGGCCGAGCAGCAGCAGAACCAGACCAGCCACGGCUGCAGCAGCUGCUACACCUGCAACAAGAAGUUCUCCAGCGCCAACGCCUACACCAACCACCUGCAGUCCCACAAACACCUGCAGGCCGAGAAGAAGGCUCUGGCCGCCGCUCAGGAGAUGGUCCAGCGGAUGAACGAAAAGAACCUGGAGAAGGGGACGGAACUCGACAAGGACGCUCAGAACGAGGCUCUUCAGAAAGCGCUGAGGGAGCAGCAGAGACACACCCCCUCCAAAGCCACGUCUACAGAGGGACACGACAGGCAACGGCCGGCCAAAGCACCCCGGCUGCAGUGGUUCGAGCAGCAGGCCAAGAAGAUCGCGGCGGAGGAUGGAGAGGAGGAGGAUGAAGAGUGGGAGGAUGUUGACGCUGACGAUGACGAUGACUAUGAGGAGAUGGAGGAUGACGAUGAAGACGAGCAGAUGGAGGAGGAGGACGGUCUGGCUGCGUCGGCAGCCUCUCCCGGGUCCAUUCCUGUAACGGACUGUCUGUUCUGCUCUCACCACUCCAGCUCGCUGAGCAAGAACAUGACCCACAUGACCAAGACUCACAGCUUCUUCAUCCCCGACGUGGAGUACCUGGUGGACCUGAGUGGCCUCAUCAAAUACCUGGGAGAGAAGGUCGGUUUUGGGAAAGUGUGUUUAUGGUGUAACGAAAAAGGCAAAUCAUUCUACUCCACCGAGGCAGUGCAGGCGCACAUGAACGACAAGAGCCACUGCAAACUCUACACCGACGGAGAUGCAGCGCUGGAGUUCGCGGAUUUCUACGACUUCAGGAGCAGCUACCCAGACGCGAAAGAGGGAGACGUUGAGAUGAAGGACGGAGAGCUGCCUGAAGGGAAGACGGUGGAGUUUGAUGAUGAAACACUAGAGCUCACGCUGCCCUCAGGGGCCAAGAUCGGCCAUCGUUCACUGAUGCGCUACUAUAAGCAGCGUUUCGGGGCGCAGAGGGCCGUGGCUGUGGCCCACAACCAGCGGGCGGUGGGGCGAGUCCUGAAACAGUACCGGGCCCUGGGCUGGGGAGGAGAAUCUGGUAAAGGCUUUGUGAGCCAGCAGCAGAAGGACAUGCAGUACGUGCAGAGGAUGAAGUCCAAGUGGAUGUUAAAGAUGGGCGUGAACAACAACGUCACCAAGCAGGCCCACUUCAGAGCCCAAGUCAUGUUCUGAAGACCUCCUUAAAGAACCCCACAGACGUGAAACCUGUAUAACCCACAGGGUUUGGGCUCAUCUGCUCCAGUUCUGUUGAAGGACCUCCUGAAGUUCUACAUCGGGGCGAACUCUGAUCACACUGAGGUGGAAAUGCUGCUGCUGAAGAUAUAAUGAGGACUUUGAGAUUAAAAUGGCUUUGAUAAAUGGAGAAUGUACCAGUGAUAUUGUAAAUCAUAACCCUAAUGAUGUUCAUGAAGUACAGCAGGUACAAAGUUAGAGAACAGCUUGUUGGCCAGCUGUUCCCAGACUAGAUCAUAUGAACAGGAAACUGCUUCUGAUUAAACGCUGGAUCGAGGAUUUUCU